CAACAGUUCCUUGUUGGUAGAUACAGAGAGUCUCUUUGUUCUUUAAUUCUUCCUCCUUAUUUAGAAAGCUCUGAGAUCUUGAUUCUCUCUUCAUCAUACUAGUAUGGAUUCUUAUUUUUCUCUUACCAAUCCCAAUCUUGUUGCUUCUGCAAUAUGCUUCUUGGCGCUCUUGGGUACACUAUUUUUCUACAGAAAGUCCAGAUCCCAUCAAGAAAAAAAAACUAUGGCUACGUCUUCUUUAACUCUUUUGGCUCCUCGCAAUUGGAAAUAUCAUGUUUUCCCAAGCUUCCAUGGGGCAGAUGUACGCACAAACUUUCUCAGCCACGUUCUCAAGGAGCUCAGAAGCAAAGGAAUCGACUCUUUCAUUGACAAUGAUAUAGAGAGGAGUAAGCUGAUUGGUCCUGAGCUCGUAGAAGCUAUUAGAGGAUCUAGGAUUGCGAUUGUCUUGCUCUCCAGGAACUAUGCUUCUUCGACAUGGUGCUUGAACGAGCUGGUGGAGAUCAUGAAGUGCAGAGAAGAGUUUGGUCAAACAGUAAUGCCCCUUUUCUAUGAACUGGAUCCAACUGAUGUAAAGAAGCAAACUGGUGAUUUUGGGAAAGUCUUGGGAAAAACUUGUAGAGGAAAAGAAAAGGAAGACAUCCAAAGGUGGAAACGUGCUUUGACGCAAGUGGCCCAAAUCGCAGGUUUCCAUUCAGCAAAAGGGGAGAAUGAAGCAGAGCUGAUUGAAUAUAUUGCCACUGAUGUUUCCAACAAGUUGAACCUUUCAGCACCAUGCAGUGACUUUGACGGCUUAGUUGGGAUGGAAUCUCGUAUGGCAGAAAUGAGACGAGUGUUGCAGCUAGAUUCGGAUGAGGUGAGAAAAAUAGGGAUCUUGGGUCCGCCUGGGAUUGGUAAGACCACCAUUGCUAGAUCUCUAUUCAACCGACACUCCCAAGAUUUCCAACUAAGCGUCUUUAUGGACAAUAUCAAAAAAAAGUAUGUGAUAAUGGCUUGUUCCGAUGACUACAGUGUGAAGUUGGAUUUGCAGAAGCAGUUUAUGUCUCAGCUAACCAACGAUACGGGUAUAAAGAUUCCACAUUUGGGAGUUGCCAAAGACAGGUUGAAAGACAAGAAAGUUCUUGUCGUCCUUGAUGAUGUGGAUCAGUUAGUACAACUAGAAGCCAUGGCAAAAGAAACUAGUUGGUUUGGUCCUGGGAGUCGGAUUAUCAUCACCACACAAGAUGAGAACGUUUUAAAAGCGAGUGGGAUCGACCAUAUACACAGGGUGAAUUUACCAUCAGAUGAUGAGGCUCUUCAAAUGUUUUGCUUGUAUGCUUUUGGUCAAAAAUACCCCAAGAAUGGUUUCAAGAAGCUUGCUUGUGAAGUUAGGAGUCUUGUAGGUGGACUUCCGUUGGGGCUGAGGGUUAUGGGAUCCUAUUUUCGAGGAAUGUCCGAGCAAGAUUGGAGAGAAGCACUACCAAGGUUAAAGAUUCACCUUGACCGAAAUGGAGAAAUUGCGGGCAUUUUAAAGUUUAGUUAUGAUGCUUUAAAUGAUGAAGAUAAAAGAUUAUUUCUUCAUAUAGCCUGCUUUUUUAGUGGUGAACCGGUUGAUAUGGUGGAAAGAUGUCUAGAAAAAUGUUUUCAGGAUGUGAGACAAGGACUUCGUGUCUUAUCUGAAAAAUCUCUCAUAUAUAGCAAAUCAGGAUUGAUAAUGAUGUCGACGUUACUAUUCCAACUAGGAAGACAAAUUGUGCAAAAAGAAUCUAUUAGCGAACCUGGAAAACGCCAGUUUUUGAAUGAUGCAAUUGAUAUUGGUGAAGUACUUAGUGAUGAUAAAGCAGGUAAUAGCAGUGUCAUAGGAAUAGAUCUCGAGUGGAAUAAGGACAUAACAUGGACAAGUGAAAGAGCCUUUGAAAGAUUGUCUAAUCUUGAAUUCAUAAGAAUCCUCGGCAAAGGCGUUAACCCGCUAAGUAUGAACUACAUAUCCCGAAAACUUAAAGUACUAAUUUGGCCGAUGUUCCCCAUGCCAUGUUUUCCUUCAAGAUUUAAUCCAGAGUUCCUAGUCAACCUAUUCGUGCGGAAUAGCAAUCUUGAGAAACUGUGGGAAGAAAAUAAACCGCUCAAAAAUAUAAAGUGGAUGGAUUUGGCUCUUUCAAGAAGAUUGAAGGAGCUUCCUGAUCUCUCAACUGCCAUUAAUUUAUAUUAUUUGGAUCUCAGCUAUUGCUCAAGCCUGGUGAAGCUCCCUUCCUCUAUUGGGAAUGCAACUAAUCUUGAAAAAUUGAGUCUCAACUAUUGCUCAAGUCUGGUGAAGCUCCCUUCCUCUAUUGGGAAUGCAAUUAAUCUCAAAACAUUGAGUCUCAAAGGUUGCUCAAGUAUGGUGAAACUUCCUUCCUCUAUUUGGAAUAUAGUUAAUCUUGAAGAAUUGAAUCUCGAAAAUUGCUCGAACCUUGUGGAGCUCCCUAGCUUGUUGAGAUCGGAAAUAGAGAAAUGCACCAAGUCAGAUUGCUCGAGAGGUAGUGGAAAGAUCAUCAACCGUCUCCCUAUUAUAGCGGGCUUACUUUCCAACCCGCAAUUCGAAAAGAAUAACACCAUUAAAUAUUUUGAGAGUUCAACAUACAUUGAAGAGCUUGAACCGUGGAUAGGGAGAAUACUUCGUCUACGUCGACUUGUACUAAGCGGAAUGAGGAAGCUGGUAUCACUCCCUCAGCUACCGGAUUCGUUAUUGGAACUAGAUGCAGAAAAUUGUGAGUCCCUAGAGAGACUACACUGCUCCUUUCCCAAUCAAGAUAUUCGUCUCAACUUUGCAAACUGCUUUAAACUAAAUCAAGAAGCAAGAGAUCUCAUCAUCCAGAUGCCAACUAAUAAAUAUGCGGUGUUUCCCACUGAAAAAGUGCCUAUAUGCUUCAGUUACCGAUCUGCUGGGAGUUCCUUGACAGUGAAGUUGAAUCGAUUGCCCGUUGGUAAAUCAACCAAAUUUAAGGCUUGCAUCUUAUGUGCUAAUGAUGACGAAAAUAACUUUGGACUUUGGGAAACCGCAUCUGUCUUUUGUACCAUCACGUUCGGAGGGAAUGCUUCCAUUGCUUGUAAUAAAAGGGUAGAACGAGUUUUGCCGGGGAAUCUGUGCACAUUCGAGGUAGAGGUUGAAACAGAGGAGGUCACUUCCACCAAGCUUGUUUUUGAUUUUGGGCUCCUCAAUUUGGAUUUCAAAACAUGGAAGAUAAAAGAAUGUGGGAUACUCCAACUCCUGUAGGUCCCUUUUGAAGAUUUUGAAUCUUCAGAUAUUGAGCUUGUUCGUGAAGAUGAUGGUAACAAGAGACUACCUCUUUUGUGAUUCUGUCUCAUUUUUUGAUUCCCUAAUAAAUUUUUACUUCUACGUCCUGUCAAUCACGAGAUGAAAUGUAUCAUUACAUAUUUUGGGUGCUUCUUGAGAAUAAACAGCAAAGUUCCAACUAGUCAAUCA